AGCCGGCUUGUGGCCGCCUGCCAAAUCCGUCUGAAUUGAAAGUCGCCGCUCUUCGUCCCCGUCAACCCUGCAUCCUUCUUCCACCGAUCCAUCCUGCCCAUCCAGAUCACUCGCAGUCUCCCAACGCAGCUUCCGCCAUGAUCAACGACGAACACAACAUGUUUGACACCCAGGCUGCCGUCGGCGGCCUGGUGUCGCAUCGGUCGCACGCCCAGCAGCCCAACCAUCGCCCUGCCCUCGUCCAUUCGUCGUCCAUGCCCUCCUCCAAGCCAGCCAACCCGUACGACAACUACGAAAAGAUUGAAAAGAUCGGUGAGGGCACGUAUGGCGUUGUCUACAAGGCGCGGUGCCGGAACACCGGUCGGAUCGUUGCCCUCAAGAAGAUUCGUUUGGAAACCGAGGACGAGGGCGUCCCGUCAACAGCCAUCCGCGAAAUCUCGCUCCUGAAGGAGCUGAACCAUGCCAAUGUCGUGAGGCUGCUCGAUAUCGUCCACAACGACACCAAGCUUUAUCUCAUCUUUGAGUUCCUCGAUCUUGACUUGAAAAAGUACAUGGACUCUGUCAGCCCGCACAUGCUCCACCCCGAUCUCGUCAAGAGCUACAUGUACCAGCUGGUACAGGGCGUCUUCUACUGCCACUCGCACCGCAUCCUCCACCGCGAUCUCAAGCCCCAAAACCUGCUCAUUGACCAGCACGGCAUGCUCAAGCUCGCCGAUUUUGGCCUGGCCCGUGCCGUCGGUGUUCCCCUUCGAACCUACACCCAUGAGGUGAUCACCCUUUGGUAUCGCGCCCCAGAGAUCCUGCUGGGAUCCAAGCACUACUCGACAGCUGUCGACAUGUGGAGUGUCGGAACAAUCUUUGCCGAAAUGGCGAUGCGCGAGGCCCUGUUUCCUGGCGACUCGGAAAUCGACGAACUCUUCCAGAUCUUCAGGGUCCUGGGCACUCCGACCGAGACGGACUGGCCCGGUGUUUCCAGCCUCCCCGACUACAAGCCCAACUUCCCGACAUGGAAGCGGGAAGGCUUCCGCAGACUCGAGUCCUAUCUCGACGCCGAUGGAAUCGACCUUCUCUCGAAAAUGCUGGUGUACAACCCAGCGGAUCGCAUCUCGGCAAAGCGAGCGCUGGAACAUCCCUACUUCAAAAGCAUGCAAAAGCAGUACUGACCGACGCAGCAUGCAGUCGCUCGCCCACGGCACGCUCAUCUUGACUCUUUCUUCGUUACGCACAAGCGCUAGGAAAUACAUUUGCACCGUCAUCCACACGCCGA